AAAAUCCAUCCAUUAGAUCCCUCUCUCUACUCUUCCUUACUAAUCUCUCAAGUUUAUCAAACUGUUUACUCUGUUCUUGGCGUUUUAUUCUUCUGUUGGAUUUUAUCAGAUCUCCAAACUUGUUUUUUUUUUCUUUUGUUGCUUCGUUUUAUUACCAUACAAAGCUAAACCUGUAUUUUUUUUUUGCUAAACCUGUAUUUUCAUUAUAUUAUACCAUAAAUCUAUAUAUUAUAAAAGAGAGUAAUGGUGAUAAUUAACUAGUAAUAAUUAAUCAAAAUAAGAAUCCAAGAUUAAGGUGUUUUGCUUCAUUGUAUCGCCAGGUGUUGGUCCUUCUGUGUCCUUUUAUCUUUGCUGACUCGAUUCAUUUGAGAGAGGAGAGUACUUUUAAGCAACAAAAGAGUAUUUAAGAUUUUGCAGAUCUAAUAAUAAUAAUAAGAGAUCGUGGUCAUCAGAUUUUUUUUGAGAUAAAAAAAGAAAACAAGAAGCUAUUUUGUCGUCUUGCUCUUUUGGUCUUUUCUUUGGGCUGUGAAGACGAGAGACAGAGAGACAACUUUGUCGGGAAGUUCUCGAGAUUUUCAAAAAUUUAGAACAAGAACAAGUAAAGUUUGAAACUUUUCUGUGCGAGAGAGAGAGAGAAGUUGAAAGAAUGGGUCAUUACGCAGCAGUGUGGGAUCAUAAAGCAGCUAUUAAGAUAACCAAAGAUUGGAAUGGCAUUGACCAAGUCCUUCUCAGAAACCCUCAUGGCGCUUCUGCCAAGAUUAGUUUACAUGGAGGACAAGUGGUUUCAUGGAGGAAUGCCCAAGGAGAAGAGCUCCUUUUCACUAGCAACAAGGCUACAUUCAAACACCCAAAAUCAAUGCGUGGAGGUAUUCAGAUUUGCUAUCCUCAGUUUGGAGAUUGUGGAUUACUGGACCAACAUGGGUUUGCAAGGAACAAAAUAUGGGUUAUUGAUGAAAAUCCACCUCCUUUUAACUCAAAGGAGUCCUUAGGAAAAUCAUUUGUUGAUCUUCUUCUGAAACCAUCAGAAGAGGACUUGAAGCAAUGGCCUUACAGUUUUGAGCUCCGUCUUCGAGUCUCACUUGCCUUAGAUGGAGACUUGACGUUGAUUUCUCGCGUUAGAAACAUUAAUGGCAAGCCCUUUCGCUUCUUAUUCGCGUAUCAUACUUACCUCGCUGUCUCAGAUAUAAGUGAAGUGAGGGUUGAAGGGUUAGAGACAUUGGACUACUUGGACAACCUAAGCAAAAGGAAGCUUUUGACAGAACAAGGCGACGCAUUAACCUUUGAAUCUGAGAUGGACCGGACUUACCUUAGAUCCCCCAAAGUGGUAGCUGUUCUUGACCAUGAAAGGAAAAGAACAUAUGUCAUACGAAAGGAAGGUCUUCCAGAUACAGUGGUGUGGAAUCCAUGGGAGAAGAAAUCUAAAACCAUGGCUGAUUUUGGGGACGAUGAGUAUAAAAGCAUGAUUUGUGUGGAUGGUGCAGCAAUUGAGAGACCAAUCACUUUGAAGCCAGGAAAAGAAUGGACCGGCAAACUUGUGUUAACCGCGGGCAAGUCUAGUUUCUGCUUUGAUCAGCUUGAAGCCUUGAACUACAGAGCAAAGGAUUCUGAUUCUUACCUCUUUUAGAAUCCAAUCCUUAAAAAGAAUAUUAUGCUUACUCCAUUGCAGUUUGUUUUUUUUAAUACUGCAAGAUUGGAAGAGAGCAGAGACAUCGUUUUGUUUCAGUUUCCUGUGCAUGUUAAGCUGUUUGAUGAUGUAGUGACAAAAACAUUUUUUUAAA